AAACGGAGCGGGUGACUGAAAGGAAGAGGAGCGCAUUCGCUUCGGGAACUGCCAAGUAGGAUUGCUCUGAACUGCCGCGCAGGCUGUAGACAAUGGUGAAAGCACGGUUUUGGAUCCUGAAGGAGCAUUUUCAAGGGUCUCCUAAGCCAAGUGACUUUGAAUUAAAAGAGGCCGACCUACCAGACCUAAAGGAUGGAGAGGUGCUGCUUGAAAGUGUGUUUCUCAGUGUUGACCCCUAUAUAAGAUUAUACAGUAAGACCAAGUUGAAGGAAGGGGACAUUAUACUAGGGUCUCAGGUUGCAAAGGUUUUGGAAAGCAGAAACCCUUCAUAUCCUGUAGGGGUGUUUGUUGUGGCAACUGCAGGCUGGACGACUCAUUUUAUUUCCAACGGCAAGGACCUAUUGCUGAUGCCUCCAGGCUGGCCAAGAAAUCUUCCAAGGUCAUUGGCUCUUGGGACAAUUGGCAUGCCAGGUCUUACUGCCUACUUUGGCCUAACUGAGAUCCUCAAGAUCAAACCAGGAGAGACCAUCCUGAUUAAUUCGGCAGCAGGUGCUGUGGGCAGUGUGGCUGGGCAGAUUGCUAAACUUAAGGGCUGUAGAGUGGUCGGCACUGCAGGUUCCAGUAAGAAGGUGGCUUACCUUAAGCAGCUUGGCUUUGACGAAGCCUUUAACUACAAGACGGUGAGAUCCCUGGACCAGGCCCUGAGAGAGGCGUCUCCCAAGGGCUACGACUGCUAUUUUGAUAACGUGGGGGGAGAGUUUUCCAGCGUUGCUCUGGAGCAAAUGAAGACGUUUGGGAGAAUUGCUGUGUGUGGUGCUAUCGCCUUGUAUAAUGACACCGUGCCCCAGAAAGGGCCUUAUGUCCAGCUCCCUAUGCUCUUGAAACAGCUGCGCAUGGAAGGUUUUUUAGUCACACGUUGGGAUGAUAGGAAAGCUGAAGGGCUGAAAGUACUAUUGACAUGGGUUCAAGAGGGGAAAAUUAAGUACUGUGAGCACAUCACUGAAGGUUUUGAAAACAUGCCAGCCGCAUUUAUGGGAAUGCUCAAAGGAGACAACAUUGGAAAGGCAAUAGUAAAGGUGUAAUAGGUACUUGGUUCUGUCUUUGAAAACCCCAGGUCAAUAAAUUCCUGUAUCUG